GCCGGCAGCGAGGGACGCAGCUGCAUUCAGAUCUCAUUAUGCAUCAGAAAAAUGAAAAAGCAGAGGAAAAUUCUAUGGAGGAAAGGAAUCCACUUAGCCUUUUCUGAGAAAUGGAAUACUGGAUUUGGAGGCUUUAAGAAGUUCUACUUUCACCAACACUUGUGCAUUCUGAAAGCCAAGUUAGGAAGACCAGGUACUUGGAGCAGGCAUUUGAGGCAUUUCCAGUGCAGAAAGAAGGCCCUUCAAAUCCAGAAAACGUGGAUCCAGGAUGAACCCCUUUUUGCUAAGACGAAGUCCAGUGUGGCUGUUCAGAAUCUUAGUACUUUGUCCUCUAAAGUGAGAAGAAAGGACAUUUCCUCCUCAAGGACCUUCCUGAAACUCCAAGCAGAGAAAUUGCUGUCAUCAGCAAAGAACUCUGGUCAUGAAUACUCUGGAGAGAAAAGUCUCUUGAAGGCAGCCUCAGACUUACCAGAAAAUAGUGUUUUAAGUCAGGCCAGUGGUCACAGACCUAGGACGGAGCCACAAGCUUCAGAUCUUCCUAUGAAGCUCCAUGGGGAGAGUCCAGGUGAGAGUGGCACAGUUGUGGUCACCUUGAGCAACCAUAAGAGAAAGCGCUUUUGUUAUGGCUGCGGCCAAGGGCUGGAGCACCACAGGAGUGGGGGACCCCUGAUUCCAGAAAAGUUCCACCUUAAUCAACAUAGAAGAAUAAAAGUAUCUCCUCAUAUGAUGUAUGAGAAACUAUCCAUGAUUAGAUUUCGGUACAGGAUUCUCAGAUCCCAGGACUUCAGAACAAAAAGCAAAGUUUGCAAGCUAAAAUAAGGCCAGCGAAGCUGGGUGCAGGUCACUGGGGACCAUCAAGAGACCCUUAGGGAGGACGGUGAGGGUGGCGGUUGCAGCCCCUUCCCUUCCCCAGAACCUAAAGACCCUUCUUGUCGGCAUCAACCGUACCUUCCAGAUGUGGAGAGCAGUGCUGUGCUGAAGGGAAGGAGGUCCCACAUGCCUGAUGGCCACACUAAGGGAAGCCCUCUCUUGGGCAAGGAGCGUAGUUUAGAUGAAGCAUUCCCUGACCGACAGAAUGGCAGUGCCACACACACCUGGGACCAGUCACCCUGUUCCUCUCCUAAGUGGGCAUGUACAGAGCUGAUUCAUGACAUCCCCUUACCAGAACAUCCUUCUAGUAACAUGUGUAUCUUGGAAACAGAGAGAGAAGUUAUGGCUCUGGGUCGGGAGAAUCGGACAAGCGCUGUCAGUGAUGACAGAGUAGAACUGUCAGUGUCUGGGGCAGAUCAGUCUGUGAGUAGUGUCGGUGGGCCUGUGUCCGAAGAGACUGUUCAGAGUGAGAGCUCAUGCCAGAUGGAUAAGGAUGGAUCUUUCAAGCAGAACAUUCUUAGUUCUAAGUUGCUGGACCACCCUUACUGUAAAAGUCCACUGGAGGCUCCUCUGACGUGCAGUGGACUCAAACUAGAAAAUCAAGUGGGAGGUGGGAAGAACAGUCAAAAAGCCUCUCCAGUGGAUGAUGAGCAGCUGUCGAUCUGCCUUUCUGGUGCCAUUAAGAAUGCUCAUAAUUCAUGGGAAGAAGUCAAAAAUAUUAAGAUUCACAGAGUUUGGAAGAAUCCGAUUCCAACACUCAUGGAUGACUUUAAGAAGUUCAAGAUCUUGGUGAAGGAAGGAACUACAGAUGUGGUGGAAAUAGCAAGAGAACUGGAAGGAGAAGUGGACCUGAAUAUGUAA